CUGAAAGGAUACCCAUUUUAACCUUCUUCGGGCCCCAUUGUAACGCGUGUAUUAUCAAGAACAUACCCUAUAAGGCUUUAACAUAUUGCCGUUCCCUCUUUAUAAAUAUCCACCAUUCCCCUCCUUAUUUUCGAAAAUUGGCAUUUUUAAUAUUCAUAUUUUCAACCCCAAAAAAAUAUAUACUCCAUUUUACUGAAUUUCUGCUGUUAACUGGAAAAAUAUUUGGAAAAAAAAAAAAAAAAAAAAAUGGGAGUUCAAGAAAAAGACCCGCUUGCUCAAUUGAGUUUACCACCUGGUUUUCGAUUUUUCCCCACUGAUGAAGAACUUUUAGUUCAAUAUUUAUGUAGAAAAGUUGCUGGUCAUCAUUUUAGCCUUCCAAUUAUUGCUGAUAUUGAUCUUUACAAAUUCGAUCCUUGGGUUUUACCUAGUAAGGCGAUGUUUGGAGAAAAAGAAUGGUACUUUUUUAGUCCAAGAGAUAGGAAAUACCCAAAUGGGUCACGACCCAAUAGAGUAGCCGGGUCCGGGUACUGGAAAGCUACCGGAACUGAUAAGGUUAUUACAACCCAAGGAAGAAAAGUGGGUAUUAAAAAAGCUCUAGUGUUUUACAUUGGUAAAGCUCCAAAAGGUACCAAGACUAGUUGGAUUAUGCAUGAAUAUCGUCUCACUCAACCCACCCGCAAGUCUGGUAGCUCAAAGUUAGAUGAUUGGGUGUUAUGUAGAAUCUACAAGAAAAAAUCCAGUGUGGCAAAGCCUACAAUAAGUAAAGAGCACAGCACAGGUGGAUCAUCAUCAACUACAUCAUCACAUCUUGAUGUUUUAGAAUAUUUACCAGAAAUUGAUGAUCGUUCAUUUGCUCUUCCACGUAUGAACUCUUUAAAGAAUAAUGUGGGCCAACAACAACAACAAAAUGACAAAUUUAACCUUCUACAAUUCGGGUCGGGUAGUUUUGAUUGGGCCGUGUUAGCUGGGUUAACAUCCGCACCCGAAUAUGCUUUUGCGGGUUCAGCCCAGCCUCAAAUGAACAACAAUGGAAAUGACUUUAUGUUACCGAAUAUGGUAGAUACCAAAUUAUGCAAAUCGGGUUUGGUAGAAGAGGAGGUUCAAAGUGGAAUUACAACACAAAGAGCCAAUUUGGGAUACUUGAAUCAAAGCACAAAUGUUUUUAUUCAAAAUUGUGAUAACUCGACCGACCCGUUUGGAAUGGGUUAUACGAGUCAUUUAUCUGGGUACGGGUUUGAAUUGAGACAGUAAAAAAAUGAUGAAAAGUCAAUUUUGGUUGGAUAGUGAAAAUUGGGGUUAAAGUUCGAGAAAAAUUUUAGAUAGUAAAAUCCUGUCAUUCUUUAGAAUAAUUGUGAACGAUGAUGUUAUUUUAUUAUUUUAAUUAAAAAUGUAAACUUCUAGUUAUAAAGAUAGCACAUGUCCAUUUGCAUAUUAUUUCGAUCUCAUUCAAAAAUUAAGAUGACAUGUUUAGUACCUAAUCUAAGUUAUAUUAUACGUCAAAUAUUUAAGUCUUAAGACUCAAUGUCAUGCGUUGUGAUGAAAUUGGAUAUGUUGGGUAUUUUAAUAAAAGUUCAUUGGUUGUUAGAUGA